GGGAGAGCAAAAGGGGAUCAGACACACUAAACAGUGGGUGAGACAGAUCCAGCAAGAGCUGGACAGAGACAGAUCAAGGCAGACAGGAAAAUGUCUCACCGGCUUCGGCUGUAUUUUGGAUCGGGUCGCAGUAACACUGCACCAGAGUUGGAGUGGCUAAAUGGGACAGUGGAGGACGGAGAUGAGAUUGGCUACAGCGGCGCAGGGGCUAUGAUGUUCCAUACGCAGACUCAAAACGGAGGACUUUCAGAGAUCCCGGAAUCGGGUGCUUGUUCGGAUGCCUCUCUACAGCGUAGCUCUUCCAUGUUCAUCCCACAGCUCCAGGGUCAAACUGAACCACGGAUGACCAAGAGUACCUCUGUCCAGAUAUCUCUUCAACGCUCAACUGCACCUCAAGAAGAUGCAUUGCCCUUUGAUCCACCUCCAGGGUACCCUCAGGAGCCAGCUCCUGCAUACACUGAGACUGGUGAAAGCUGGCCCUUACCUCCACCUCCAGCUUACCACAGAGGAGAUGCCCCAUCCUACCAAAAUGUGGAACCAGGUACUGAGCCUAUCCAGCCUAAGAGGCAAGUAUUUUGCAUUCGGCCAUGUGAUGGACAAAAUGGUUAUGCUAGUUUGGGUGUACCCAAUAAUCAAGGGAUUACCAUUGGAGGUUUCUGUAUUCGAAGAAGAUCCGCAGAUGGCUCGGAUGUCCAGCAGUUCAGGAUCAUGCCAUACAGUGAGAAUGGCCAGAAUGGCCACCGUUGGUCUGUCCAGCAAAGCUCAGACAGAGGUCCUGGAACUCAAAGACUUGUCUUCCAGCUUCAACAGGACCAAGGAAGGCACCUUAGCCCUACUCCUCAGGCUGACGUGAGUGAUUUGGGCAUCACAGGUACUAAAGGCAGCCGCUUGGUGCGGUACCCUCGGAUCCGACUUGAGAGGAGCUCUUCACAGCCGUUGCAUCCCAGAGGAGCUCCUUCCCGUCUCGGAUCUAUGCCAAAUCUUCAUGCCCCAAUCUCAGAAAUGGAGACCGAGAGUGAGAUUGUUGAGAACGGUGCUCAAGGUUGCACAUUCAAAAUUAGGAAGGAACAGAACUCCCGACAGCCCAAGUUUAAGAUCUAUUUCAGCCAGGGAGGCGAGCACGGCCCCAUCCUUGCACAGGAUAUUAGCUUUGGAAAGGUGCCUACCUGCAUCAAUCCACAGACCAGAGAUGACUUCCUUGGGCAGGUGGAUGUGCCUCUUACCCAUUUACCGACAGAGGACCCUGCGAUGGAGCGACCGUACACGUUUAAAGACUUUCUCCUGCGUCCAAGAAGCCAUAAGUCUCGGGUGAAAGGCUACUUGAGGCUGAAGAUGGCCUAUCUGCCAAAAAACGGAGGACAUGAGGAAGAAAGCAGUGAGACGAGAGAAGAAGCUGAGGGCUGGGAAGUGACAGACUCCAUGGAUCCAGGUUCACAGAGACCUCAGCAGCUCCUGCCUCCGCUGCCUCCGGGCUGGGAAGAGAAGGUGGAUAACCUGGGACGGACAUACUACGUCAACCACAACAACCGCACCACACAGUGGAAAAGGCCCAGUAGUGUGGAUGUGGUUUCAGAAACGGAAAAUGAUAAUCACUUGCGGCAGAUUAACCAGGAAGCCCACAGAGUUUUCCGCUCUCGACGGCACAUUAGCGAAGACCUGGAAAACGAGCAGCUGGACAUCAGGGACAUAGACGACUCAUGGGAACCCAUAUCAGAGGAGGACCCAACUUUAAUGACGGACAGUCUGAACCAUUCUCUGUCUGGACCGGCCUCUCUGGCAAUGCCCCUCCCUAGCACUCCAGAAUUCUCAGAUGAAAUCAGCCUUAGGUUGUCUCUCGCUCCAGACACGAACGGAGAAAUCCCAGGACCCAGCUCUGCUGUGCAGAGUCAUCUUUCCUCUCGGCUACGCUCCUCUAGUAUGACCGAUGGAGUCAGUGAUCAAGCUCAACCUCCCACACCAACGCAGAGCUCCCAGACCCGACGAACAAGAGCACAAACGGUCACAGGCGUUGAGGACACCAUGUCUCCAUCGGCCUCCUACGCCCUGACCACACCAGGCCUUCCGCCAGGCUGGGAGGAACGCAAAGACAACAAGGGACGAAUGUACUACGUCAACCACAACAACCGUAGCACCACCUGGACGCGGCCCAUUCUGCAGCAGCACACUGAAGAUGGAGCCAGUACCUCAGCUGCGGCAGUAGGGGGCGCUACAGCAGCCACGCCCCCCGCUUCCACCCCUUCCUCCUCCAGCGGCCAUCUAAGCGAACCUCAAGUGCGCAGACCCCGUAGCCUCAGUUCCCCCACCGUCACUCUCUCUUCCCCGCUAGAGGGAGCCAAUAACGCCCAGAUACGGCGAGCCGUAAAGGACACGUUUUCCAACCCUCAGUCCCCGCAGCCUUCUCCCUACAGCUCACCCAAAUCCCAGCAUAAGGCAAACCAGAGCUUCCUGCCACCUGGAUGGGAAAUGAGAAUAGCACCCAAUGGACGGCCGUUCUUCAUCGACCACAACAGCAGAACCACCACAUGGGUAAGACAAACACUCACAAAAUCUCUCCCAAAACUAGUUAAGUUCAUGAAUCUUCCAGAGGAGGUCGGUCCUCUCUCUCCUGGGUGGGAGGAACGAGUGCACGCAGACGGAAGAACCUUUUACAUCGACCAUAACACCAAAAAAACACAGUGGGAAGACCCUCGCCUCCAGAGUCCUGCCAUAACUGGACCUGCGGUGCCAUAUUCCAGAGAAUUCAAGCAGAAGUAUGAUUACUUCAGAAAGAAGUUAAAGAAGCCGGCAGAUAUUCCAAACCGUUUCGAGAUGAAGCUGCACAGGAAUAACAUCUUUGAGGAGUCGUACAGACGAAUCAUGUCCCUGAAGAAACCCGACAGUCUGAAGGCCCGUCUGUGGAUCGAGUUUGAAUCGGAGAAAGGGCUGGACUAUGGGGGCGUGGCCAGAGAAUGGUUCUUCCUGCUCUCCAAGGAGAUGUUUAACCCUUAUUAUGGGCUGUUUGAGUACUCGGCCACAGAUAACUACACCCUUCAGAUCAAUCCAAACUCUGGCCUCUGUAAUGAGGAUCACCUCUCAUACUUCAAGUUCAUCGGUCGGGUGGCUGGCAUGGCUGUGUAUCACGGAAAGCUGUUAGACGGUUUCUUCAUUCGACCAUUCUAUAAAAUGAUGCUGGGCAAACAGAUCACACUGAAUGAUAUGGAGUCAGUGGACAGUGAAUACUACAACUCUCUCAAGUGGAUUCUGGAAAACGACCCCACAGAACUGGACUUGCGGUUCUGCAUUGAUGAGGACAACUUUGGACAGACAUAUCAGGUGGAUUUGAAGCCAAGCGGCUCAGACAUGGUUGUAACCAAUGACAACAAAAAAGAAUACAUAGACCUGGUGAUUCAGUGGCGGUUUGUGAACCGGGUCCAGAAACAGAUGAACGCCUUUUUGGAGGGCUUCACUGAACUCAUUCCCAUCGACUUGAUAAAGAUUUUUGACGAAAACGAACUGGAGCUGCUGAUGUGUGGUCUGGGAGACGUGGACGUCAAUGACUGGAGGCAGCACACCAUCUAUAAGAACGGCUACUGUCCUAAUCACCCUGUGAUCCAGUGGUUCUGGAAGUAUAAAGAGACGAAAGUUAUUGGUUCCAAUGGGCCGCAGUUGUUUACUAUCGAGCAGUGGGGGACACCUGACAAACUCCCUCGUGCUCACACCUGCUUUAAUCGCCUGGACCUCCCGACGUACGAGUCAUUUGAAGACCUGCGAGAGAAGCUUCUGAUGGCGGUGGAAAACGCCCAAGGCUUUGAAGGCGUCGACUAAAGAAAUCCCUUUAUAUCCAUGCGAUCUCCUAAUGCAACCGAUGAGCAAAGACAUGUACAACACACUCGCACACACGUCUAUACUCACAUAUACACACUCUCGAGUUGCCAUUGUACAGCCAGAUCCCAGCAGUCGCAGGUGUGUGAUGUCAGCACAGUAUAUGCAUGUAAUCUGUCUAGCUGGAACGACAUUGGCUGUGAACCCGUUUUGAUGCCAAACAGCCCACAAAUCAUGCUCUCUAAUAACACGUUUUAUUUCAAAAUCCAGCUCUGAGGCCGUGACGACUUUUAUUUUGAUAGUAAAUAAGAAACUUCAGUAUUUGGGUGUGGCCUCAGAGUGGGCGUGGCCUUGAUAUACCACCGCAACCAAUCCCAUUAAUUCCACAAACAUAAUAUAAGUUCAGUGAAGAGGCAACUCUCUUAUCAGGUCUUACUAACACCAGAUUACCUUAGGAAUCACAGCCAGGAUGAAGGACACAUCCUCAUCCUCCCUUAUCCCGCAAAGUACGCCAAGUUUCCCCUUCCUUCCUUCCUUCCUUCCUUCGUCGAGGAUUAUUUUUUUAUCUUCUUUUGCAACGCCAAGAAGCAACGGGAAUUGUUUUUAAUAGUUUAUUAUUAUCGCUGUUAUUAUCAUUCUUACAGAGUAAACGGAUUAUUUGUACCAACAGUGUGGUUUACUAUUUUAAACAACAUUAUCGGAAAUGCAUUAGUGGCCUGGCUAUAUUCAAUUCAAUAUCCAUAUCAUUGUGGGUUAAAAAGACAAGAAAAAAUAAACGAACAAAAAAAUGAUCAACAUAAUUAUUGUAUUGCUAUGAAAACUGGCAUGAACAUGUAUCUUGUGUUUCAAUAUGAUUACGUAGUAAUUAUAAAGCUAUUUUCCUUCUUGGUUGAGAGCAAAGAUGGAAAACGUCGACAUGCAUCGGACAUGAGUUUGUCGGAGAGGGUUUUCUUCAAUUGUAAUAAGUAUUGUUCUUAUCUUUAUUAUGAUUAUACCUGUUCAUAAUGCUGUAAAUGAGUUUGUUUUGGGGGAAAGACACGAUUGGACUUUUAUUGUACGUGUUAAAUCUGUUUGAAGUAUUAAAGAGCGACACAGAGUGAAGCUAUCUUAAAAGCGCUGUGAUUCAACACUGCAAGUCUCGUAGACUUUCAGGACAUAAACUUUCUUUCUUUCUUUCUGUUUUUUCUUGUUUCUUCUAACACCACUGUACCUAAAAGGGCACUUUAUUGAUCACAAACUAGGGUCAUG